CACCUUCCCGCCGCGGUGCGCAUGCGUCCCUUCGAGGCGGGGCCGGGCGGGGAGUUGUUGUGGAGCUGCUAGGGAGCACGUGAAGAGAGCAACGUCAUCAUAAACACUCGUAGCCAACAUGGCGGCUCCUGGGAGCGGAAAGGUUGUAUAUGAACAGGAAGGAGUUUUCAUUCACUCCUCCAGUGGAAACAGUGAUGAUCAGGAUUGUUUGUUAUCUGGGAUACUGAGAGUCAUAGAGAAGGAUACUGAGGUGAUAGUAGAUUGGAGAUCACUGGAUGAUUCAUUAGAUUCGUCUAAUAUACUAUAUGCUAGAAAGGAUUCCAGUUCUGUUGUUGAGUGGGCACAGACUCCUAAAGAGAAGACUCCGCGAGGGACAGAACAUCCAAACAGUUACGAGGCAGAAUGGGAUAUGGUCAACACAGUCUCUUUUAAAAAAAAACCACAGUCAAAUGGAGAUGCUGCUGUUCACACAAAUGGACGAAACAAGUGGUCCUUCCUGUUCAGUUUAGCAGAUCUAAAGUCCAUUAAGCAAAACAAAGAAGGAAUGGGAUGGUCCUAUUUGGUAUUCUGCUUAAAGGAUGAUGUUGUCCUCCCAGCUCUUCACUUCCAUCAUGGAGACAGCGCCUUAUUGAUUCAUUCCCAGAAAUAUGUGGUGCUCUGUGACUCUCCAGUAGACAAGAGAAUUCUUGUGAACUGCCAGAGUAUUUCACAGUCCUUUGAAAAUCUCCUUGAUGAACCAACCUAUGGUUUAUUAGAGAAAUUGAAGACUGAUCCUUACACAGCAACAAUGGGAAGAUUUUCGAAAGUGACCAACUAUAUAUUUGAUAGUUUACGAGGAAGUGACCCAGCAACUCAGCAGCGGCCUCCGUCAGAAAUGGCAGACUUUAGCGAUGCUAUACCAGGCUUAAAAAUAAAUCAACAGGAAGAACCAGGAUUUGAAGUCAUUACACGGAUCGAUUUAGGAAAGCGACCCGAAGUGAACAGAAGACAGCCAGUGUCGGUUGAAGAAUGGACUAAGAAUAUGGAUUCUGAAGGGAGAAAUAAUGCUGACUCCAUGAAACAAAUGAUAUUCAGAGGGGGCCUUUGUCAUGCUUUGAGAAAGGAAGUCUGGAAGUUUCUUUUGGGUUAUUACCCUUGGCACAGUACUAGGGAAGAAAGAACAAAUGUACAGAAAAGGAAAAUAGAUGAGUAUUUCAGGAUGAAGCUUCAGUGGAAAUCUGUCAGUGAAGAACAAGAAAAAAGAAACUAUAGACUGAGGGACUACAGGAGUCUUAUAGAAAAAGAUGUAAACAGAACAGACCGAACAAACAAGUUUUAUGAAGGUCAAGAUAAUCCUGGGCUGAUAUUGCUUCAUGACAUCUUGAUGACCUAUUGCAUGUAUGACUUUGAUUUGGGCUAUGUUCAGGGAAUGAGUGACCUGCUUUCUCCGAUUUUAUAUGUGAUGGAGAAUGAAGUUGAUGCCUUUUGGUGCUUUGCAUUGUACAUGGAUCAAAUGCACCAGAAUUUUGAAGAGCAAAUGCAGGGUAUGAAGACACAGCUAAUUCAACUGAGUACUUUACUUCGCUUGCUAGAUAGUGAAUUUUGCAGUUACUUGGAAUCUCAAGAUUCAGGAUACCUUUAUUUUUGCUUCCGGUGGCUUCUAAUAAGAUUUAAAAGAGAAUUUAGUUUUCAAGAUAUUCUUCGCUUAUGGGAGGUAAUGUGGACAGACUUGCCUUGUCAGAACUUCCACCUUCUCAUCUGUUGCGCUAUCCUUGAAUCCGAAAAGAAGCUUAUGGAGAAGCAUUAUGGCUUCAAUGAAAUACUGAAGCAUAUCAAUGAACUGUCUAUGAAAAUGGAUGUUGAAGACGUACUUUGCAAAGCAGAAGCCGUUUCUAUGCAGAUGAUAAAUUGCAAGGAAUUGCCCCAAGCAGUCUGUGAGAUCUUGGGAUUAGAGAACAGUGCUGCAACAACACCAGAUUCAGACACUGGGGAAGAUGAAACUGCUGGUGGAAUAAGUCACUCCAUGUCAGCCUAUCCAAAUAUCUCCAAGCCUGUUGCUGCUGCCAAUGGAACAAGUGAAAGUAUUGAACAAGUGACCCCCACUGUGCUGACAGAUUGAAUCUUGCGCAAUUAUUUUUCUGCAUUUUUGAAGAGACACUUUAUUAUACCUGUUUUGUUUCUUUCAAGCACUGAGGUGGAUAUUUAAGUUUUUGUUUUGAUUAAGCUUUAAAGUUUUGGAAAACAGAUCAUGUACUGUAAUACUCUUACAUCAAAGCUUUACAACAACCUAAUUAUUUUUGUAGUUUCUUCUACCAAAGUAGCCUUCCCCCCCCGCCCCCAGAUAACAUUCCUUAAUACUUUUGUAGCCAAAGUGCAUUUUUCCCCUUUUUGGUAAAAUGGAAAUCAGAUGAAUGUGAAUGGCAUGGAAAUAAUGCAUCUGUAUCACUUUUACUUUGAGAAGUCUUGAGCAUGGAUGGUUCUUGGAUACCAUAAGAUUCAAAAGUCUUCUAUACUAUUUCCUAUGUGAAAAGAUGCUAACUUCAUAAACAGUGCUUGUAAAUGAAAGGAUUAUGUCCUUUCUCAAUGUUUACAAAAACACUUGUUAAGUAUUUGUGGUUGUUGAAUGUAGAUUUGCAAUGAAGAUUUACAUUUGUGCAGUUCCCUGAUCUUGAAUUUUGUAAUCCAGGGGGUUGGCUGAACAGUACAUUUUUACAUUUUAACACCUCUACACUUAUACAUAUGUAUGUAUAAAUUAGUUACAUAUUCAAACUUGUGAGUAUUAAAGGAUAAAUCUAUUUUUGACUAAGUAAA